AUGGCGGAUGCGAAUGACACCGAGUUAAUAUCAUUCAAUAACGGAUUUUCUUGGAAUGUGCUGAACAGUGACGUAAACAGAAGUCUACUUCCGGUGACUGUGAUUCUUGGAUUGUAUCUUCUUGCAGGGGUAAUUGGAAACUUUCUUGUUAUUUUUAUUUAUGUAUUUAGAUGGGAAGCGCCAAAGACAGAUCGCUUUUUCGUUCCAAUAUUAGCUGUUUUAGAUAUGUGUGCCUGUGUAAUUUCUGCCGGGGUUGGCAUUUAUGCAAAUAUGAAUAUUGUAAGAUUUCGUAGUGACGUCCUUUGUAAAAUUGUGGCCUUUCUCGGUAUAUUUUUUGUGAAGAUGUCAGGCGAUCUAUUGGCUAUUAUCGCUGUUGAUCGUUAUCUAAAACUCAAUAAGCCAUUCGAACCACAAAUGUCAUUUCGAUGGAAGAAAAUUUCUGUUUUGAUUGCGAGUGUGACAGGUUUAUUAAUGGCUAUGCCAGCACUGUUUACAUACGGUGUCAUUCCGCUAAAACACCCUGGCACAGGUGACAUGGGCUGGCUUUGUGCAAAUAGCAAUACUCCUCACCAGAAACACAUUACUCUUGAGUGGAGCCUUAAAGUUUGUUAUCAAUUUGCCAUGUUGUUCGACGUUCUCGCUCGGUUUGUAGGACUAGUAGUAUGUUAUUUUCACAUUGGAAAGAAAAUAUAUAAACAUUCGGAAAAACGUUGUCAACUAAGACUACAGCAAGGACAAAAUGUUCCAAACAGGCCGAUCUGUGUAAAUAAACGUGCCGAAGAGACAGAAUUAGACGUUCUGUCGUCAAACACAGGAAGGGAGACCACUCCAUCCACAAUCGUUCGAAUGUCCCGCCAGAGCAGUAGAUUUGAUUGUCAGAGAGUUCGGUUAACGAUGAUAUUCAUGCUGAUAACUGUGAUAUAUAUUGUAACUAUGGGACCAAAACUAGUGAUUAUGAUUGCGGAUUCUGUAUUAGAACGUUUCUGGACAAUCGAACCGACCCCGAAGUUUGGAAUAUUACGUUUUCUUUACACAUGUUUUAUUUUUAACAACGUGGUGAACCCGUUUAUUUAUGGCUUCCUGGAUAGGAGAUUCAGAUCUGAAUUAUAUAAACUGUUUACUCGUAGUCAUAAUUGA